AUGGAGAUGACGAUCAAGUUCCAGCUCGCUCUAGCGGUGCUACUUGUCGCCGUGUGGAUCCAGUCGGUCCAGUGCAAGAUCAUCGGCAAGGCGGAGGUGGAUUUCUCGGGCUACUGCAGCGACGCCUCCAUCCCGCCGGGGAGCACGUACUGGCAGAGCCUCAACUUGACGCUGUCGGACAUCGUGGCCAACACUCCCAACGCCACCAACUUGACUUACACGGUGAAGCACGGCCGGGACGACGUUACCUCUUACGGCCAGGGUGUGUGCUUCAACCAGCCGCCUCACGAGGUUUGCCGGGAGUGCAUCGCGAUGCUGGUGAAGAGGGCGUGGAUCGAGUGCUCCUCCUCCAUCUCCGUCGUGCUCAUGCUCACGGGGCAAUGCGCACUUCGCUACCAGGACACGCCCAUUGACGUGCCUCCUCCGGCAGCUUAG